AUGGCACCGUCCUCGGGAUCUAAUAGCGUGUGGCACCUGUCCUCAGGAUCCAUCAGCAUGUGGCACCGUUUCUCCUCGUCCUCAGGAUCCAGCAGCAUGUGGCACCUCGUCCUCAGGAUCCAGCAGCGUGUGGCACCUCGUCCUCAGGAUCCAGCAGCGUGUGGCACCGUUUCUCCUCGUCCUCAGGAUCUAGCAGCGUGUGGCACCGUUUCUCCUCGUCCCCGGGAUCUAACAGCGUGUGGGCACCUCGUCCUCGGGAUCCAGCAGCGUGUGGCACGCGGCACCUCGCCCUCAAUCCGCGCCCCAUCUCCUCAGCGCGCGAGAACGUCAAUGCCGAAUCAAUCAGAGCUGCGGUAUGAAUAUUGCCUCGGGGCGCCGCAGUCCCCCCGCGUGCAGCCCACAACCCGGGCGCCGCCCGAUGCAUCACGGAGGCCGAUAACCCACGCUGCUGCAGGCCGGGGAACCCAAAAGCCCCCAAGACCUGCCUUCCCGCCUCCAUUUACGACUCCUCCUUCCCCUUCCUCGCCUCCGGACUCGCCCCUCAGGGACCCGCUCGCCGCCCCUGAUCCCCUCGGCUCUCCUCCUCAGACGACGCUGCGUUCCCGAGGCCAAGAUCGGCUCGCCACGCGCAUCCCAGGCAUCUUGCCCUCCAUGCCCGGACCUCGCUGCUCGCUCGAGAACAGCUUCACGACUAAGUGCGAGCCGUGCCUCCGACCGGGCGCUGCGACGACAGAUAGCGAGUCCGGAUGGACCUCCGCGUCCUUUGACAUCCGCGUCCUUGUUGACAUCCGCGUCCUUGUUGACAUCCGCGAGCUCUGUCGACGCAACUCGCCCCCCGACGCUAUUACGCUGCGUUGCGGGGGCGGCCUCAUUCUCCUUUUCGAGUGCUGGUCCUCCUCGGAAGUCCUCCUCGAAGAUCUUCCUCCAAGAUCCACCUCAAAGCUCCUCUCUAGAAGUCCUCCUCCAAGAUCCUCUUUAAAAGUCCUUCUCAAAGAUCCCCCUCAUAGCUCCUCCUCAAAAGUCAAAGGUCCCCUCAAAGGUCCUCCUCAAAGGUCCCCCUCAAAGGUCCUCCUCAUAGCUCCUCCUCAAAGAUCCCCCUCAAAGGUCCCACAAAAGCUCCUCAAAGUCCCCCUCAAAGGUCCCCCAAAGCUCCUCCUCAAAGUCCACAAAGCUCCCCCUCAAAGAUCCACGUGUUGA